AUGCAUAUCUCAUCCAUUGUGCUGUUUGCCGGCGCUGUUUCGGCAGCUCUUGUGCAGCCCAGCCACAACAUGGCUGCCAUGGCUCUUCAAAAGCUGCAGAGCCGACAAUUGAACCUCUGCAAGCCCAUCAGGCGACCAUAUAGCUGCGCGAAGUCUUGUGGCGAAGGCUAUGAGGAAUGCGGAAGUUUCCCUCAUUGUUAUAACCCUACCGUAGGCGAAUCAUGCUGCACAAACGGAAAAUACUGCCCCAAAGGGACCUUCUGUACAGAUUCCGGUUGUUGUCCCGAGGGCAGCUCUCUUGCAGAUUGCAAUGCUACUGAAAGUCUGACCGCUCCUCCCACCACGAGCCCGACAACUCCGGCUGGGGAUGACAACGAUGUCUCAUCCAGCUCGUCCACUACUUCUGAUGCUUUCAGCCUCCCCACCCCGACUCUCCCAUCAUUCACUCUGCCAGGUGGCUCCGAAGCCACCGCAACAGAGCCCCUUACAAAUCCUACCGGUGCGGCUAACAAGCUCGGAGGGCAAGCUGUGUUAAUUGGUGCGGGUCUUGGGCUGUUGGCAGUCCUUUAA